CCGGUGCGGACUGUGGAAACGUUCCUUUUCUCCUUCGCCGGCUGGUAGGGACAGUCUGAGAACCUGAAGCUUUCCUAGCUCCUGGAGACCAUGGAGAUGAACAGCUCUGAGGUGCUCCUCAUUCCUGGACUCCAGAAAGAAGAGAAGGAGGCUGUGGAGAAACGCAGCCUGCACGUGGCGAGGGCCCUGGAAAAACUGGAGAUCCACACGGAUGAGGCCCCUGUCAUCGCCUUGCUGUGCUCUGGUGGGGGGCUGCGGGCCCACCUCGCUUGCCUCGGAGUCCUGAGUGAGAUGAAGGAGCAGGGCCUGUUGGAUGCUGUCACGUACCUCACGGGCGUCUCUGGCUCCACGUGGGCUCUGUCUUCCUUUUACGCCCAUCACGGAAACACAGAAGAGGUGGAGGCGGACCUGAAAUGUAGAUUCGAUCAGAAGGCAUGGGACCUGAAACAGAGCCUGGAGAGAGCCAUCCGGGCGGCCAGACUGGAGAGUUUCUCCCUGACGGACUUCUGGGCUUACAUCAUAGUGUCCAAGCAGACCAGAGAACUGCAUGACUCCUGUUUGUCCAGCCUGGCAAAGCACGUGGACGAAGGGACACUGCCCUACCCAAUAUUUGCCGCCAUUGACGAUGACCUCAGAACUGCCUGGCAGAAGAAAAAGGCUCUGAAUACCUGGUUUGAAUUCACGCCUCACCACACUGGCUACCCUGCUCUCGGAGCCUACAUUCCCACCACCCAGUUACUGAGCCUGAAAGAAAAGCUGAAAGGCAACUACCUGCUGGCAGGCACCGUGGAGGGUAAAGACGAGGAUGCCUGGCUGUCGGCGAUGGCCGAGAGGUGGGAUCAGAUUUCGGAAGAGGAGCAGGGCCAGUUCAUGGAGUACCUGGUACGCUGCUUCGCAAGGGCAGGACCGCUGACGUUCCACGGUGACGUCAGAGACGAGGCCAUGAGUGGGCAGGAGGAAUUCCUGCACUUGGUGGACGCUGGCCUUGCCAUCAACGCCUCCUACCCGCUUGUUCUACCUCCAACUCGAAAGGCUGAUCUCAUCCUCUCCUUUGACUUCAGCGCUGGGGAUCCUUUUGAGACCAUCAGGGCUACUGCUGACUACUGCCACCACGGUGCCAUCCCUUUCCCUCCAGUGGAAGAGAAGGAUCUGCAGGCGUGGUCCAAAGCCCCCUCUGAUUGCUACAUAUUUAAAGGGGAAACUGGACCUGUUGUGAUGCAUUUUCCUUUGUUCAACACAGAAGUCUGUGGAGAUGACAUCCAGAAGUGGAUCGACAGUUACGGAACAAUCAAACUGGCCGACAGCUACACUCAGGACGUGGUGUUGCGGCUGCUGGAGGUCUCCAAGAAGAACGUUAGGCAUAAUAAGGAGAAUAUACUCAGAGAGAUAAGGAACAUAGUCAGGGAGCCCCGGAAGUUCAAAGGGGUCACCGAGGAGGACGUGGACUGCCCGAGGACUGUAGGGAUAGAGAUCACCAACAACACGGAUGUGACAUUCAAGGAGCCACUGUUUUACUGCCCAACUGGCUGUGUCCAAGUGGCCCCACCACCCGUGCUGCCCCCACAAUCCACCAUCAGCUGCUCCUUUGUGAAGACAAGUCCUAGCUCCCCGGCUUGUGUGGGCUUACUGGUCUACCAAGGGCCGGAAGUGCACCUGGCCCUCCUGUUCUCCACGUCCCCCAACUAUGCCCACCACAGUAUCGAGUUUGCCUUGGCUGCUCUAACAGGGCCAAUUACCAGUGACCAGCUGGGCAGUGUCUUUGAUAACAUCCUUCAGGAGAAGGGGUCCCAAGAGAUGAAGGUGGUGAAAUGCGUCCUGCGGGCACCCCGGCAGACCCUGGAGCUGGAGUCUGAUUCUCUGACCAUCAGAGCCAUCGCGUCCAACGUCCCGAUGGCCAAAAUGAAUGUAGUGGUCCAGACCAAAGCCACUUAAGGGCUCUCUUGUUAUUUCCUCUCCGCUCGUGUUGCCAGAUGGUCAACUCCGUGGAAGUAACACAACCAUGGCCAGCUGUCUGAACAGAGCCAAGAGGAGCUCUGAGAAUAUAGUAAGUGCUCAAUAAAUGCACAUUGGUUGACUGAUG